AGUUAUUUGUGAAAUUCAAAACGAAACAAAACCACCGCUAUAAUAAUAGCGUGAGUAAGCAAGUUGAAACCUCUCCCUCCAAAUUAUAUAUACUCUCUCUCUCUCCUCACGACUCACGAAGGCACCAAGUCACAGACAAUUUCCUCACCCCUUUCCCAAUACUUGUCUUUGUUUCUCUCUUAAUAACCACCCUUCCAUUUCGAACUAGGAUCGAUGCUACAGGUGGAAUCACUGGUUUCAGCUUGCGCCGGCGGAUCCAGCGAUCGGAAAAUCGCCUGCGAGACCCUGUCCGACAACGUCCACCCCACGGAUCCGCCGGAGCCCCACCCGGAUUCCCCGCCGGAGUCGUUCUGGCUCUCGAGAGACGAGGAAUACGACUGGUGGGACCGCAACGCCGUUUACGAGCGCAAAGAAUCCACCAAGGCCAGUAAUAAUAAUUCAACAAACCUAAACCCUGCCAUCAACUCCAACAACAACUCCCAGCGUUUCUCUCUCAAUUUCAAGUCCAAGGCUUCCACCAUCAUUGGCUUACCUAAGCCGCAGAAAACCUCCUUCGUCGACGCCAAGAACCGCCGCAACCACAACAAGCCCAGUAACAUCAGGCUGUUCCCCAAACGCAGCGUUUCGGUCGGAAAAUCGGAGUCUGGAUUCGUUGAACCGUCUUCGCCCAAAGUCUCUUGCAUGGGAAGAGUCAGAUCUAAACGGGAUCGAAAUCGUAAGUUGAGAAGUUCACGAAAGUCUUCCCCCAACACAGACGCCAAAGAAAAACCAAAUAGAAACGGAAAGAAAUAUGGUUUUUUUGAAAGUUUUCGUUCUAUUUUCCGGUCCGGUCGAAAAGAUAAAUCGGACCGGAAAAAAACCGAUCUUCUGGCCACGGACUCAAAUAUUGAGACGAAGAGCGGUGCCGUUAACUACUCGUCUAGAGCGCGGCACAGCACGUCGAGCUUGAACGAGGUGUCGUUGGAGGAGCCAGUCUCGCGAAACAGCGUGUCGGAGAGUGAACCGCCCGGUUUGGGUGGCAUGAUGCGGUUCGCGUCUGGGAGAAGGUCUGAGUCGUGGGGAGUGGGUGAUUCCGAAGGCCACGUGGCACAUAGUAUUGGAAGAAGCUAACCGUUCCACGAAGUGGGGCCCUUGCCCUUGGAUGCAAGCAAUUGAUUAAAAGAUUAUAAGAAUCUCGCGACUCGCGAGUCUUUUGGCCUGGGACCCAGGCGUUUGAAGAGUGCUUCCAGGGGGUGACGUGGCGCCUUGAACAAAUUUUACUUGUUAUUACUGUUUGAAAAAUAUAUGUAUGUUUCAAUAACUCUAUGAAUUGUCCAACGGUGCAUGCGUUGCUGGUUCCUCUCCUUUUCAAGUCUACUAGAGCUGCGCCCAUGCACAGUUUUGAUGAAUUAAAAGAUCAUACAUGGAGUCGAGGAAAUCCAUAUUUGAGCCGCGGAUACCAUUUUGAGGCGACCGGAAAUUAGAAGAGAGUUGAACCUCAAAUCUUAUCUUAGCAUCAACUCGGGUCGUUGCGUUGAUCUUUAUGGUAGAAUGACGGUGUUACAAGGUGGAGCUGGACUUCAAGACAGGGAGGUGGCUUUCCAUUUUUGAAUUUUCCAUUCACAUGUCAAAGGAGAAUGAUUAUAUACACUACUAAUCCUCUCUUCAAUGCCAAAAAUGUCAAACCCAAUGACAAAAGAUUCAACGCUUUUCCUUCAUAACUUGCCGUUGAAUCAUGUUUGCAAGCUGUAGCUAGUUUUAUUUUCAGCCAUCAGUUCAUAAAACAAACUUUUGGGUUGUUUCUA